CCCGGGAGGGACGGGCGCCUGGUAACGUCAGCUGCCAGCGUGGAAACGGAGCUGAUGGCGGAGACUGGAGCUGGCUUCUGGCCGUGGGAGUAGCGGCGAACGCUGGUCAACAGGCCGUCAGCCCGGGACAAUCCGUCCUCUGAUAUUCAAAAGAAAUCUCUCCACCCAACAGAGAAAAAAAUCACCAUGGACCGUUCCUUGGAGAAGAUGGUGGACCCUACAUUAGCUGAGAUGGGCAAAAAUCUUAAUGAGGCCAUGAAGAUGCUGGAGGAGACUCAAAGGGAGGUGGAUGAAGAAAGAGAGAAAAAGCGAUUUUCUAGAAAAGAUAUUCCUGGUCCUUUGCAGGGAAGUGGACAGGACAUGGCAACUAUUCUUCAACUAGUACAGAACCUUAUGCAUGGAGAGGAUGAGGAGGAAUCACAGUCAAUUCGAUUACAGAAUGUCGGUGAACAAGGUCACAUUUCCUUAUUGGGUCAUAGUUUGGCAGCGUAUAUUUCUGUGCUGGACAAAGAAAGAUUGCGAAAAUUAACCACAAGGAUUUUGUCAGAUACUACACUCUGGCUCUGCAGACUUUUCAGGUAUGAAAAUGGGUCUGCCUAUUAUCAUGAAGAUGAUCGAGAAGGUGUGUUGAAAGUCUGCAAACUCGCCAUUCACUCAAACUAUGAGGACUAUGCAACAGAAGGUUUUAAUGUCUUGCACAGGAAAUUACCUGUACUGUAUAUCAGUGCUGCAAGCAGAACGGGUCUGGGCCAGUAUAUCUGCAAUCAGCUUGGUCUCCCUAUUUCUUGUAUGUGUAGUGUUCCUUGUAACACUAUGUUUGGAUCUCAGCAUCAAAUGGAUGUAGCCUUACUGGAAAGGCUCAUUAAAGAUGAUAUUGAUUGUGGAAAGUUUCCUCUUUUACUUGUUGCCAAUGCAGGCACACCAGGUGCAGGACAUACAGAUAAACUUGUGCGAUUGAAGGAGCUCUGCAGUCAGUACAAGAUGUGGCUGCAUGUAGAAGGUGUUAAUUUGGCCACAUUGACACUUGGUUAUGUUUCUUCAUCUGUACUGGCUGCAACUAAGUGUGACAGCGUGACCUUGACUUUAGGACCCUGGUUGGGUCUCCCUGCUGUGCCUGCAGUGACAUUAUAUAGACAUGAGGAUCCCUCACUGUCUUUAGCUGCAGGCCUCACCACAAGUCAACCAGUUGAGAAACUUCGAGCUUUGCCUCUCUGGCUGUCUCUGCAAUACUUGGGACACGAUGGAAUAGUUGACAGAAUCAAGUUUGCUUCUCAGUUGAGUCAAAGACUGCUGGAAAACUUAAAAAAAUUAAGUUCUAUCAGAACCUCGGUUGAAGAUGAACUGAAUUCUCCAGUGGUAGUUUUCAGAUUUGUCCAAGAACAGCUGAAAUCCGUUGUAAAUGGGGCUCAAUAUCAAACCACUGCAGCUCCAGAAUCCAUGAAAGACUGUGAAAGUGAGAUUGGGGAUGCACUGAAUCGUUGGUUAGGAGAACAGCUCGGGCAGUUGGUUCCAACAAGUGGUAUAAAUGUUGUUGAACUUGAAGAUGAGGGAGUCUGCAUCCGAUUUAGUCCAUUGAUGACAGCAGCAGUUUUAAACACCAAGCCAGAACAUGUGGACCAAUUGACUGAACAUCUGAAAGCAAAAAUUCCCAUGCUUAUUAGCACCUUGCAACUUCGAGAAGAAUUUAAACAGGAGGUUUACAGGACAACUGGCCUUUCAUAUGUUGAAGAUCUGAGUUGGCCUGGAUUAGGUGCUAUACGGUAUGAAAUUAACAAUGAAGACCCUGACCCUGCGAAACAUUCAAUGGAGAUGGAAAAAAUUGCUAUAGGAUCGCUAAAGAAAUUGAAGGAACUUGACUCCGAUGUGCUGUUCUCAACGGGGCCUGAGUUUGGAGGGGAGAAGAAUGCCAUUUAUAUUGGUAUGGUAACUGAUAAUUUAGAUGUGCCAGAACUUGUGGAGACCAUUGCAGCAACAGGGAAAGAAAUAGAGGAAAGUUCAAAGUUGUUGGAGAACAUGACUGAGAUAGUGCGAAAAGGAAUUGUUGAAGCAGAGCAACAGCUCCAAAAGGCCAGUGAGGAUAAACUCCUUGAAGAAGGAGUUCUGCGACAGAUUCCUGUAGUUGGCUCAGUGCUGAAUUGGCUGUCUCCAAUACAGAGCUCAAUUAAAGGAAGAUCAUUUAAUCUUGCAGGAGGUUUACUGGAGUCAACAGAGAAUGUGCUUGCAACAAAAGCCCAGACUUCUCAAGGAACCCCACCUGCAACACCCACAGUUGUUCACACUAAACAUAAAUUACCAGGACAGAAAAUGUUUAGAAGGUCAUCCAAGACUUCUGCUUCAGAUAUGAUCAGUGAAACUUCUUCAGUGAGUCACACAGAGGAAGUGGGGGAAUCCAAAGUCAAGCAUGAAGAAACUAGACUUGACUUUGAAAAUGACAUUCACAAAGCCUCUGAAUCUUCUGCUCAGCUGAAUGUUAACUUGGACCUUCCUUCAGACUGUGACCCAGAAAAAACUGAUACAAGUGGUAACAACAUACCAGUGGUUCACCCAAGCUCUGUACCAACAGAAGCUGAUGAAGGUGUGGAGGAAGAAAGUCUUAGAUAAAACAACUAAAAACACCUUUUUUUUUAGCAGUAAGACCUCAAAUUGGGAAAAAUGGAUUCUAAGUGAACUGUGCCAUAUAAUACAGUAUGACACUACUGUUAAAUGCCUUUAAUUAGGAUUUGCACAUGACUGGGAAUUUCAUGUUUCCCCAUUGGAAGUUUGAUUUUAACUCUAGUGGAGGCAGGGAAGUGGGGUGAAUCUUAAGUGCAAUUGUUCUGUUUUCUGUAAAGUGCUAAGAAACUGAUACUUUCCUUCCUACAUUGCAGUAGAAUGAAGUAUGCUAAUUUCCUUAUGAAUAGGUUAAAUUGUAAUUAUUUUUAAAAUUAAAACUAUUGCUGUUAAUUUUGCACAUGGGUGAUUUUUGUCCUUUAACUGUACAUUCUCUCUGUACAUCUUAAUUUAAAAAUAAAGCCUAUGCUUGAAUGUAAUUUAAGC